UUCUGUUUAAAUGAGAACUGAAAAUGAGAAUUAUUUAAGUUUUAAUACUUCAGUUCAAGUUUUGGUUUCAUUCAUUUUUCCAUAAAACACUACAUUUAAAGCACACGCACACACACAUAAAUAAGUUCAAACCCAUUAAAACUUGUUCUUAACCAAACCUGGCAGCUGUAUGUAAUAGAGUAAAGCACGUUGUUUUAUAUAUUAGAAUAUUUAUUCUUCAAGAUAAUGAGUUAUGCAUACAGUACAUACCUGGCGUUUUAUAACAGACUAUUCAGAGGACAGUGAGACGUAAGACACAUUGGAUUGGGAGGGACUUCAGGCAUGUUAAACAAACCAGCAUUUCAGUCAAAGCAGAUUGUUCAGACACACACUCCAGCACAAGAUCGUCAGUGAGAGCACAGCUUCAGGCCAGAGAGCACCAUGGAACAGCCAAAUCUUCAACCACGCACAACAACUCUUAUUCAUGGAGGUCCUCCAAUACGAUACCGUCUUCACACAGAUAGAAAAGUGCUUGAUGAUAAUGGGAAAGUGAGAAGAUGGACUUAUGGGAAAAAAGACAGCAGUAAACCAAAUAAAAUUGUUCUGCUGGUGGGAGAAACCGGCGCUGGUAAGACGACUCUCAUCAACAACAUGGUCAACUACUUAAUGGAGGUGAAGUUUGAGGAUGAAAUAUGGUACGAAAUCACUGAAGAAGAAGCCAGAGACCAAUCAGAAUCCCAAACCUCUGAAAUCACCAUGUAUGAGGUCUGUCCAAUAAAGAGUCCCAUAUCUCUCACCAUCAUUGAUACUCCAGGAUACGGAGACACUAGAGGACUGGAAAAAGAUCUGGAAGUUGCUGAGAAUUUAUCCAUGUUGUUUCAAAGCAGUGAUGGAGUUCGAGAAGUCGACGCUGUGUGUUUUGUGAUUCCAGCUUCUAAGAAUCGUCUCUCGGACAGACAGCAUUACAUCAUCAGUUCAAUUCUGUCUUUAUUUGGAAAAGACAUUGUGAACAACAUUGUGUUUCUAAUCACACACUCUGAUGGUCUGCCGCCCAAAAACGUCCUCGGCGCCAUUAAUAAAGCUAGAAUCCCCUGCAGACGAGACCACAAGAACCAGCCUGUUCAUUUCUUAUUCAACAACCGGCAGGCGGACGCCCGUCACACUGGAGAGCGUCAAGUUCGUGCACAGAGAGAUGCCUGGGAGGACAGCAUGGACGGCAUGAAGGAAUUCCUUCAGUCUCUAAAUGGAAAGAACAGAAGAAGUUUAGAGUUGACUUCAGAUGUCCUGAUUGAGCGCAUUCGAUUAGAAGCAUUUAUCUGCAACUUACAGCUACGAAUUCGUGAGAAAGAACAGAAAAAGGAUGAAAAACUUCAGAUCCAGCAGGCAAUUAAAGAAAACAAGGAAAAGAUUGAGACUUUUAAAAACUUUAACAUUAAAGUCAAAAAGACUGUCAAAGAGAAGGUUCCCAUUGAAAGCGCUUCAUGGAAGCACAGGAAGGCGACGACCUGCACCGUCUGUGAGGAAAACUGCCAUGAGUUUGACUGCUGGUGGGUUUCUAAUCCCAGCAAAUGUGAAGUCAUGCAAAACGGUUUCUGUACCGUGUGCACAGGGAAGUGUCACCACAGCAAACACGUCAAAGAAAACAAGAAAUAUGUCAUCAAAUCAUCAGUUGUGAUAAUGGAAUUCGAUGAAUUUAAUAAGGAAUAUGAAAAAGCUCAAGAAAAAAACAAGAGGUUUUUGUUUAUAAUGGAUUCACUUGAGAAAGAUCUAAAAAAGCUUGAGGAACAGAAGCAAAUUCUUCUGUCUGAUGCGUACAACACCAUCAAGCAUCUGUCUCGGAUCGCAUUAAAGCCAGACUCGGCCUUCACUCUUCAGCAUCUGGACUUCUUCAUCCCUAAACUGAGAGAGGCUGGGAAAGAAAACUGGGUCCGAGAACUGGAGGAACUGAGGAAAACCGCUGAAACUGAAGAAGCCAAUAAAGACGCUCUGAGUUAUCUGAAAGCUGGUCUGUCUAAACUCUUCCUUGGUGGACAAUGAACAAAUGCAGGGAGGACAAGAGAUGUAUCAUUGUAAAUUAAGACUGCUUACAAUGAGAAAGAACAUAAUUUGAUUUACUAUAGCAUUACACAUAAAUGAACAAGUAUAGAAUCAAUCAAUAACUACACCAUUACUUUCUUUAAAUGAGUAGUCUAAUUUUCGGGUACUGAUGAUAGCUUAAACAUUACUUUUCUCACUAUUUUAUUCUGCUAGACCUGAUUAUAAAAGUAUUUCCUGUGUUUUUUUCUUUUUCUUAAAGUGUUAUUUCCUUAAGAUUAUCUGUACAUGAAAAUUGUCAAAACUAAAAUAAA